AUGCAGCCCGGCGGCGGCGGUGCGAUCCGCGUGCUGAACGUGGCAGAGAAACCGUCGGUGGCGAAGGCCGUGGCGGAGAUCCUGUCGCACCGCUCAAUGCAGUCGCGGGCGGGCCGGUCCCAGUACAACCGCAUCUUCGAGUUCAACUACGCCAUCAACGGCCGCUCCUGCCACAUGCUCGUCACCUCCGUCACGGGCCACCUCAUGGAGCUCGAAUUCGAUGACCGCUUCCGCCGCUGGCACUCCUGCGACCCCGCCGAGCUCUUCCACGCCCCCGUCCGCAAGUCCGUGCUCCAGGACAAGCAGCCCAUAAAACAAACUUUGGAAGAAGAAGAUAGGAGAUGCGAGUGGCUGGUGCUAUGGCUUGAUUGUGAUAGAGAGGGUGAGAACAUAUCAUAUGAAGUGAUCGAGGUUUGUACAGGUGCGAACAGGCAUCUUAACAUUUGGAGGGCUCACUUCUCAGCUUUGAUUGACAGGGAAAUACAUGAAUCUGUGCAACAUCUUGGCAGGCCCAACAAGCUCUUUGCGGAUGCUGUGGAUGCAAGACAGGAAAUUGACCUUCGCAUUGGUGCCUCCUUCACAAGGUUUCAAACAACGUUGUUAAAAGAUGCAUUUGUAAUUGAUGUGACUGGGGAUGACAGGAAUUUGGUUCUGAGCUAUGGUCCUUGUCAGAUCGACUUGUCCUUUAUUUCACCUGAAUUUUUGUGGACCAGAUGGGAAGACGAAUUGGACAAUGGUACGGGGAGAGGCCGCCGUGGGCGUGGUAGCGGCAGGCAGGCGUCAUCUGCAUCUGCUGGACAGAGAGGCGGCGCCCAAGCGCGAGGCCGGAGGAGGGGCAGAGGUCGUAACGCUGACGGCGAGAUGUUCGUUUCAGCGACGGGCGACACCGUAUACGGCUGCUGCUUUACCUGCGGCGAUCCUUCCCACUUUGCCAACGCCUGCCCGAACCGGAGGUGUAACGCUGAAGGCGGGAUGUUCGUUUCAGCGACGGGCGACACCGUGUCUGCCUGCUGCUUCACCUGCGGCGACCCUUCCCACUUUGCCAACGCCUGCCCGAACCGGAGAUAG